CUUGUAAUAGGUAAUCAAUGUAAUGGCAGAAUAUUUAUAUGAUACCACCUCUACAAAGUGGUUCCUACCUACGUAUUUUUGGUCGGCCGGCGCCAAGCUUGUACGUCCCAGUGAUCGUACAACAUCAUGUGGUAGGACACAAAAGAUUUGUCGUCUCGCAAGAUUUAAUGGGCGACUAAAGGAUUGCAUGCAGAUAUAUAUUCCGAUGCACGACGAAGUCAUUGGUCACUGGUAUCUUUUGAUUUGUGACAUUUUCCACAAGAAAGCUGAAAUUUGGGACAGUUUACCUGAUGUGCGUCACAAUAAGAAACGCGAGAACGAUUGCCAUAUUACUUUGUUGUACCUAGACUCUGUUUUUCAUGAGGACAUAUUAUCGGUAUUUGGGACGGGGUGGACGUUCUCCUCCUUUUCUGUUGUGUCCCCAUUGGAUGCCAAUCCCAUCCAACCUAAUGGUGUGGAUUGUGGCAUUUUUGUCAUAAGACACAUGCAAUAUUAUCGUCAAUUGUGGCAUGACCGGUACGACUCUAAUGUACAACGAAUGCGACUUGCUAUUGAGUUGCUCCGAAAUGAAAAAAAUCAAUUGCGUGAUGUGAUAAUACGUGAAACAUUGAAAGUGAUGGAAAAUGCAUCUGAUUUUAUGGCGAAGGGGAACAAGCUUGGUAAUGUUGAGGCUAAGGACAAGGAUGUGGCGGAUAUCACCAUUACAAGAAAGAGGGUUUAUAAUCGGAAACAAAAACAAUCAGCGGUGACUAUACCAGAAAUACGUACAGGUCGCGGUCAGCCUAGACCUCGGCGCCGCUAACAAGGUUGGGUAAUGGGACUCUAAUGACUGACCAGUAUAUAUUUUUGUGACCUUAGAUCUAAUGCUGUGAUGGUAUUGGUUUUGGUGCAUGCCCUAUAUAUUUGGAAGGAGGGUCGCCAUGGUAUAACUUGACAACUUUUUUGUUUUUUGUAAAGUGAUUGUCAAAGGAUUCUGACCGUGGUUAGGUAGGAAACAUUUUUUUGUACAUCUAGGUCGAAUGUCCUAUUUGGUGUUAGUUUUUGGUUUCCAUAUUAUAGAUAAUGACUAGCACAGGGUGUCAAAAUGCAAUUUGGUGAAGUUAAUAUGUUAACUUUGUUGGGUAACCAUAUGUACGAACAAUUGAUGAAGUUAAUAUGUUAACUUUAUUUUGUGCUGCUAGCCUUGGUUCUGUUUCUAUUGCAAGUUAUGACGGUCAUUCCAAUGUUUUAGUGUUCAGCGGAUUGACCAUAU